AUGCAGAAUACAUUAUUAAGAACAUAUAUUAAUUCACCGUUAGAACAAUUUGAAGUUAAGCUAUUUUUAGGUUUAAAUACACCAUUUAUUGAUUUAAGUGGUUUAAAUAUUACAACAUUUACAUUAUAUACUAUUAUUGUAUUAUUAGUAGUAUCAUCAUUAUAUGUAUUAAGUAAUAAUAAUAAUAAAAUUAUUGGUUCAAGAUGAUUAUUAUCACAAGAAGUAAUUUAUGAUACAAUUUUAAAUAUGGUUAAAGGACAAAUUAAAGGUAAAGAUUGAGGAUAUUAUUUUCCAUUUAUUUAUACAUUAUUUAUGUUUAUUUUAAUUUCUAAUUUAAUUAGUAUGAUUCCUUAUUCAUAUGCUUUAACAGCACAAUUUGUAUUUAUUAUUUCAUUAAGUAUGAUUAUUUGAUUAGGUAUUACUAUUUUAAGUUUAUUUAAACAUGGUUGAGUAUUCUUCUCAUUAUUUGUACCAUCAGGUACAGCUUUACCUUUAGUACCUUUAUUAGUUGUAAUUGAAUUAUUAUCUUAUGUUGCUAGAGCUUUCUCUUUAGGUUUAAGAUUAUCUGCUAAUAUCUUCUCUGGACAUUUAUUAAUGGCUAUCUUAGCUGGUUUAACUAUAACUUUUGUACAAAUUAAUAUCUUUACUUUAAUUUUAGGAUUUAUCCCUUUAGCUAUUAUCUUAAUUAUUAUGUGCUUAGAAUUUGGUAUUGCUAUUAUCCAAGCCUACGUUUUCUCUAUCUUAGCCUCUUCUUACUUAAAAGAUGGUUUAUACUUACAUUAA